AUGGGCGGCGGGGGCGGGGUCGAAAUUCGUCGAGCGCCACCCGCCGCCGCACAGUGUGAGGAAAGAAGCUCGAUGGCCAUGACCAAGAUGUUUUCCGCGUUCAGCCCUGGUCAUGGUCACCGCUUCUUUUUCCUCCAGCAGUGGCAGCCGUUCCGCGCGCCGUGCACAUAUCUGCGCGAUCCGUUUUUUUCCCCGUCGGCCCGACCGUGCUUCGGGAGGGCGGGGUUCCGCCCCGCCCCGGUCCCCGGGAGUGGUGUCCUCGAGCUGCGCAGGCGAGGGCGCGCCUCCGAAAUCGGGUGGUGA